UUGCUGACGACAGAAACUGAUAGAACAAUGUUGCUGAAACUGAAACCGGAAUAUCUGGUACAUUGUAUGUUAAACAUUCAAACCUGAUGGAUUUUAGAAAUGAUAUAGUAGUAUGCUUGCUUCAGACUCGUAUUAUUCAUUUAAGAUGAUGAAUUAAGGCAUUACGAACUCUUUCAUUAUUUGACUUUCAACUCGUUCAACUGUUCACAUAGUUUAAACUCUGUCCGUCUCGGGUUUAGAGUAACCUAACUUUCAUACCUACAUGCCAAGUGUCUUGACAUUAGCAUACCGGCAAAGAUAAUAUAGUAAUUGCAUACUUAUUGUAACCCAGAUCCAGGUAUUCAUUUGCUAAAAGACACAAAAUGUAUGGAAAUGUGUUGUGAUAUUUCAAUUUCAAACACAGGAUCUCCAAAAUCUAGACAGACACUCUGACUAAUACUAACUAACUUUCCCGACUACUUGUUGUCAAAGGAGAUAAUCAAUAAAGUAUAAGUCAACUUGGUAGUUGCUUAUAAGACAUCCAAUUCUAAAAGUAGAGAGUUUGGACGACCUUACCAGCUUAAUCCAGUGGAUUUGUCUUUUGGAGAUUUUUACAGGUCAAUUUACCAACCCAUAUAAGAUUUUUUAAAUGGACAAUAAAACAUCAGAAUCCUUAUUCUGCUCACUUAAAACGAAAGUAACCUUUAUUUAUUGUUGUUUACAUUGUUAACAAGCAACAUAAGAUAUAUAGAGCUUUAUUACAAUGCCGCUGAGGGAACAAAUAUUGUUUUGAAUGUUGGAGGAAAACCCACGGGGGGAAAGCCAACGUGCCAUCGGUGGGGAAACAACAAACCCAACAGACAUCACCCCCUGCUGCCAGCGCGGCUUGAACCCACGUUCUAGGGGAGAGUGAUCUAAAGCUCACACAUGACUGUACUGACAGCUAGCUGUUGUGAAUUUUCCUUUAUCCUAGUGGUAUGAUACAUGUCUGCUUGCAUUGGAGACUAAGAGUUCGCUAGUUUGAGGCCCUGCAGAGUAUUUUUCAUUACUCCUACCUAUUACACAGUGUUGAAAUGUGGCCAGGAUUCUAUUGUGCAUCUGUCUAUCAAAACUGUUUUGAAUGCAUAUAUUGAAUUGUAUUUAAUUGAUUUGUUGCUUUUCAGAAAUUCUGUGGAGCAAAAUGAUGACAAGAUUAAUUGAAAAUACAAGAUUUAUUGAAAAUACAGAGGUUGACUAAUAUAAACACACCAUGUCUUUGAAUAAAUUAUGGGUGCUGCCAUUCACAAAAUUUACUCUGCCAACAAGUCUGAGAGUUAAGUCCACAGCCCAGGUGACUACCAUUAGUAUACUUGCGGUGAUCGGAUUGAUUUUUUACUACCGCCGAUGGAAGGACAAACAAAAGGAUCAACCGAGAAAGGAUGAGGGGAAGGAACAAAAUGAAUCUGGUGGCAAGACAUUGUAUUCAAAUAGUCCUAAUGGAGAUGUCAUGAUGGGCCGCUUGCGAAGAGCCGACAGCCCAGGUGGGAGUUCAAACCGCUCCAUAUCAUUAUUGAGGACCAAGUCUCUGUCAGGAUCUACAUCGAGUCUAGGGGCUGUAUCUACUACUUCCACCAUCACCCAUCCUGUGGUGGAUACCACCAACUACGGACCGGUACAGCUGUGUUCUCUAGGGUUUGAAACUCUGCAGCUGGCUGUCAAGUACUGGGAGGAUGCUAUGGUGAAACUCCAGAGUCCUGAUGAUACCAGCAAACCAACAGCAAUAUUGGAUCCAGACAAUAUUGCCCUUCACAGUCAACUUGACACACUCCUGGAGAAUGCUUACAGACUGAUUGACAGCUAUGAACACCAGUGUGAGCGUCAGGCAGACCGUGUGGCAUUUGACACCGCCAUCGCUGCAUUCACAGAAGUGGACAGAAUGUCUGAGAAAAGGAGUUUGGAUGCAACAUCUAGUAGUGACCAGGAGUCUUUUGUAUCGGCCACUGAUAUGGCCAAUUUAUCGGACCUGGAGACUCACCGGGAAAUGUUUCACCACUUACCAUUGUAUGAGGCCGGACUCCUGGAACUGAAGCAUGGCUCAGUCACUUGUAGAACUCUGAGGACAGAGAUGACACAGUGUAUGUCGGACACAGAGUUCCUGGCCAAACUUCACUGCAUCAGACUGGCUCUAGAUGUGGUAUUCCAGACACCAGAAAAUAGAACAUACUUUCAUCAAAUAGGUCAGCAGCUGUUGGCAAGUUUCCUCAUCAAAGCUGACAGAGACACUGACGACUUCAAUCAGGCCUUUGCUAACAUGAUGGACUUUGUUGGAGAUGCCAGUAACUGGGGCACAAUUGAGGAGGAACUAAGAGGAAGAGGGGUGAAAUGUUUCUCAUUUUAUGACAUUGUCCUUGAUUUUAUUGUGAUGGAUGCAUUUGAUGACCUGGCCAAUCCUCCAUCAUCUGUUAUCACUGUAGUACAGAAUCGCUGGCUGUCGAACGGCUUCAAAGAGACGGCACUAGCCACAGCUGUUUGGUCCGUGUUAAAGGCCAAGCGACGGUUACUGAAGUUCUCUGACGGGUUUAUUUCCAAGUUUUACUCUAUAACGGAACACACCAGUCCAGUAUUGGCAUGGGGCUUUCUGGGACCAGAGUCGGAACUCAAAGAUUUGUGUUACUGUUUCAAAGAUCUGGUUUUGGGUUUGAUAAGAGACAUUUUUAGUUUUGAGAAAUCUCGUUAUACCACUGUUGAAGAUUUGGGCGAAGACAUAGUGAAGUUGACAAGGCAGCGUAUGGAGGACGCUUCCCAGUUGUUAACAUGACCACAUCUGUAACAUUUCUGUGAUAUUCGUUUACAUAACUCUGAUGGAACCAAAUAUUAAUGUGGAGUGAAACUCACAAGGAUAUGUCUCAUAAAAUGUUAUAUAACCCCACUCAAUAGAUAGAGUGUAAAAUAGUCUCCAUCAUCUGUUCUCCUGUAGUAAGAAGCUUGAGUAGAGUAUAUCAUAUUCACUUUUGAUCAAACUUAGUGUAUAGUUUUAGGUUGGAAGGGUCCAGUAGUGCAUAGGAUACCGCACUCUUCUUUUGCCAAGACAAUCUCGGUUUGAUUCUUCACUCAAAAGUGAAAAUGUUGGUUUUCUAUGGGUUCCACAGUUUGGAGGUCCCCUGCCUGACUAUGUGAGUUUUUAGCUCACCGGGUACGAGUAACUGUGAUCUAAUACUGUAACCCCUGCGGCUGCGUCUUGGUCGGCGUCCCAC